AUGACCGGUGGCGAGGGGACAGCGCAUGCAGCCGUGCAGCAGCUGACACCAAAUCAGUCGUCGACAACAGCAACACUGCCGCAGUACUCGGUUCCGGCAGCUCAGGUGUUCGGAGGAUCCAAGUACAAUCAGCUUUUGAACAUAAUCGAAGAGCUGGGUAAGGAUAUUCGACCGACCUACACCGGCAAUAAGCUGAGUUCGGAACGUCUGAAGCGUAACAUAAUUCAUGCGCGAAUUCUUGUCCGUGAAUGUAUGCAAUCUUCAAUUGUGCUCCACGAGCGACCAGCAGCUCUUCAAAUUAUCGAUAAGCAAUCGUUGGAAUUACUUGUCACAACCUAUCAACUUCACGAUGAAAAUAGCCGAUACUCUGGAUCUAUUUAUAAGCUAAUUGGAUGUAAAAUUAUCAAAAAAUUAGCUGUGCCGGCUGGGAUUUUUCGUUUUGAUCGUCACCCAAACAGCCCAACUAUCACUGCCGCUCUCACAAAUGGAUCAGUUGGUAUUGUUAGCUGCGACCUGAAUUCUCUUAAUACACUACCAGUGAUCAGCAAUGGAAUGUUGCUCUCGAUUUCGAUGGCAGCUCAAGGCGACGGAGCCGUAUGCUCGGAUACACAUGGCCAGCUACAUGUUGUCUGCAUCAGUUCAGCUGUGCCGGCUGGGAUUUUUCGUUUUGAUCGUCACCCAAACAGCCCAACUGUCACUGCUGCCCUCACAAAUGGAUCAGUUGGUAUUGUUAGCUGUGAUCUGAAUUCUCUUAAUACACUAGCAGUGAUCAGCAAUGGAAUGUUGCUCUCGAUUUCGAUGGCAGCUCAAGGCGACAGAGCUGUAUGCUCGGAUACACAUGGCCAGCUACAUGUUGUCUGCAUCAGUUCAGGUAGAAAAUGAAC